AGUUCGAUAAAACUCGUAAUUAUAUACCUAUAAUAUUACUGAACCGAACACAAAUUUAAAACUGUGGUGUCUCUUGUUCCAUCUUUUUGCUCUCUUUCUCUCUCCAAAACCCUCUUUAAAUUCCUUAACAUUUCCACUCUGUCCCGAAACAUAAGAAAAAGCAUAAGGAAAAAGAAAAAGAAAAAGAAAAAGAAAAGCUCACACCUGAGAAGGAAAAAAGAUAAAUAGUUUGCUGUAUGACUGAUCUUGUCAGCUCAUCGGCUAUGGCCAUGGCUGUAGACAUGGACAUGAUCAUCGACGAGGCUCUUGAGCUAGAUUUGUCUGGUUAUAGCACCACAACGACCACUACUACUACUAAUACGACUACCCCAGAAGAUGAUCAUGGCUGCGCCUGGAACGCAUGGUCCCCAGUCGUCGACUGGAGCACCCUCACAGGUGGCCAUGACAAUUUCCACGACUUAAUCGAAUCGAUGAUGGAAAGCGAAGAAGAAGAAGACGCCGAUGGCGAGCUCAACUCGGCCCACAACUGUGGGUAUAAUAGCAAUUCAUCAGAACCUUCGAUGGCGGUCGUUGAAGACGAGUAUUCCGCCGGAGACAGUAGCACAAGCACUACUGUACUGGUCGAAGACGAUAAGGGAUUGAGAUUGAUCCACUUAUUGAUGGCCGCCGCCGAAGCACUCGGUGGCGCCAACAAAAGCCGGGAUCUGGCUCGGGUGAUAUUGGUUCGGCUCAAGGAAUUGGUCUCUCCCACGGGAGGAACAAACAUAGAGAGGCUCUCCGCGCACUUCACUGAGGCGCUUCAGCACUUACUGGACGGCGCCAUGGGAUCAAGUAAUGGUCACGCGAAUAAACCUUUCGUAAACAAUCAUCAUCGAGGAGAUCAUGAUCACCAAAGCGACGUUGUUGCAGCGUUUCAGUUGCUGCAAGACAUGUCACCUUACGUCAAGUUCGGUCACUUCACUGCUAACCAGGCCAUUCUUGAGGCCGUGGCUCACGACCGGAGGAUCCAUAUAGUCGACUAUGACAUCAUGGAAGGGAUUCAAUGGGCCUCCCUUAUGCAAGCACUAGUGUCCCGUAAGGAAGGCCCACCAGCCCCACAUCUAAGGAUCACCGCUUUAUCGAGGGGGGGCGGUGGCCGAAGAUCGAUAGGGACCGUACAAGAGACCGGUCGACGGCUAGUAGCUUUCGCGGCUUCUAUUGGUCAGCCAUUCUCGUUCCACCAAUGCCGGCUUGAUUCCGACGAGGCGUUCCGGCCAGCGGCGUUGAAACUGGUGAAGGGAGAAGCUCUUGUGAUCAACUGCAUGCUCAACCUCCCUCACUUCAGUUACCGGUCGCCGGAGUCCGUGGCUUCGUUUUUAUCCGGAUCAAAAUCGUUGAACCCGAGACUGAUUGCCCUGGUGGAAGAGGAGACUUGUCCAACCCCGGCGACGGCGCCCGGAGGAGAAGGUGCUUUCGUGGCGAGGUUUAUGGACUUGUUGUAUCAGUACUCGGCUGUGUACGACUCACUGGAGGCGGGGUUCCCAAUGCAGAGCCGAGCAAGGGCUUUAGUGGAGCGGGUAUUCUUGGGGCCCCGGAUAUCCGGGUCAUUAGGUCGGGUUUACAGGGGUCGUGGGGAGGAGAAUAGCUCGUGGGGGCAGUCGUUGUGUGCGGCAGGGUUUAAAUCAGAGUCGGUGAGCUCAGCCAAUCUCUGCCAAGCGAAGCUGUUGCUGGGAUUAUUCAAUGACGGGUAUAGAGUUGAGGAACUCGCGAGUAAUAGACUCGUUUUGGGAUGGAAAUCGCGGCGUUUACUAUCGGCUUCUCUUUGGACCUCCUCCUCAUCCCAUUAUUCUGAUUAAUUAAUAAUUUGUAUAUUACUUUUUUUAUUUAUCAUCAUCAUCAUCAUCAUAGGUUAUUUAUUAUUUAAUAAUUCCCAGUUUGGCCCAAUUAAAAAUUGUUUUUCUAUGUAUAUUUGGUUACCAAACUUAAGUCAAAACCAAAAUGUUGGCUAAAAAGAAAGAAAAAAAACAUGAAACCAAGGCUAUUUAUAUAGCUUUGUUAAUGUUUUUGCAUGUUUCCAAACAUUUUGAGAUCUUUCAAGUGCUUGUCAUGAGUGUGUUGUUGUUUUUAGAUCUGUUUGUACUUUUCAAUCUAAGUUUUCCAAUCUUCAAUGUUUUAUUUAUUAU